CGGACUUCGGAUCGUUCUACUAACAACCAACAGCAACAUGGGAGCCUACAAGUAUAUGGAAGAGCUAUGGCGCCACAAGCAGAGCGACGUCAUGCGCUUCAUGCUCCGCGUCCGCGCAUGGGAAUAUCGCCAGCUCCCGUCCAUCCAUCGCGCCUCGCGACCAACUCGCCCGGAGAAGGCGCGUCGCUUGGGAUACAAGUCGAAGCAGGGUUUCGUUGUGUAUAGAGUACGCGUCCGCCGUGGAGGCCGCAAGCGCCCUGUGAAAAAGGGGAUCCAGUACGGUAAGCCGAAGCAUCAAGGUAUCACGGAGCUCAAGUUCAAGCGGAACAAGCGUGCCGUGGCCGAGGAGCGUGCGGGGCGUCGCUGCGGCAACCUGCGCGUGCUCAACUCGUACUGGGUCAAUGAGGACGCCGCGUACAAGUACUUCGAGAUCAUCCUGGUGGACCCGAGCCACAACGCCAUCCGCAACGACCCGCGCCUCAACUGGCUCGCCCGCCCGGUCAUGAAGCAUCGCGAGCUCCGUGGCCUCACCGCCGCCGGCAGGAAGGGUCGCGGUCUCCAUGUCCGCGGACACCGCGCAAACAGCACCCGCCCCUCCGUCCGCGCCGUCUGGAAGAAGCACAAUACGCUCAGACUUUUGCGUUAUCGUUAGGGUGCCAGGGGUGGUGCGAAGCUUCGCGUAUGGCGUUGCUCGCUUUGCAGGUUGGAUUUCGUAAAGGCUUUUUUUUUACAGAUGUAUUCCGUCGCAAGCAAUAGAGCGCGAUCGCCGUAAAUUCCUCUCUACGCACG